AUUCCUUUUAAUAUAUUGAAGUUGUUUAGCUACACAGUUUGUUAAAAGAAAAAUUCUAAAUGCCGCCAAAAGGCUAAGCUUGGGCAGUUAUAGAUCACGCUCUCUUCGUUAUUAACUGCCUACUCACUCAAUCCCAAUUCACACAAACCAGAAAAGGGCACUUCUGGAAUUAUCAGAAUUCCUCUGUUUCCCGCCAUUUCUCUCAAACUCUCAAGCAUGAUGACCACCACUGCUGCUCCUCCUCCUCUCAUGGCCAUCCUCCUAGCCUUGACGCUCGUCAUUCUCGGCUUGGAAUCAGCAGAACCGCCGCCGUCUCCGCCACCUAGUUGCGCCGACGAGCUCGUGAGAUUCUCGCCUUGCCUGCCGUACGUGUCGUCUCCGCCAAACAACCUCUCCGACUCACCCCCACCCAAGUGCUGCGACGCGUUCUCGCUGUCGAUGGAGUCCGGCGGCGCGCUCUGCCUCUGUUACCUGGUCCAGGAUCCUCCGAUGCUGGGGUUUCCAGUGAACGGGAGUCGCGUUCUGUCUCUGUCUUCCACUUGCCCUCUCAGAGACAUUUCCACAAACGCAAGUGCACAAUCUUUGGAGUCUCUCUGCUCAGGAUCACCAGAACUCCCUCCUCUCGGCAGCUCAACAAUUUCAGUGAUUUCAAGUCCUCCUCCUUCAGGUUUUGAUUCUGUGGACAAUGCUUCAUCUCCUCUCAUGAGCUUAGCACCAGAACCAGCAUACAAUUCAAGCAUUCCGCGGGGAAACAGAUUGCCAACUCCGCCAAGCUCAGCGGUAGAACCUGCAAGGAUUUCAGCUGCAAUGAAGCAAGUGUACGUGAGCAACUCUUGGAUUCUACCUGCCCUUGUGAGCUUUCUUGUUCAGAUAUUCAUCUGAUGCUUCCUACAUUCAUUGAGACUUUACGUGAAAACUUCAACGCCCUUUCGGCAUUUCAUGUACUGACUUGAUCAAGAAACUUGUGCAGUUACCCUGUCACAUUGGCAUUCAUGAAAAAUUGUACAUUCACAUAUAAAUUUUGAGAUGACAACCUGUGUUAGUUGAGUAAUGAAGUGUACUGAAAUUCACCCACUCUCAUUUAAGUUUCAUCUGCUCAACUUAUAAAAUCAACUUUUGUCAUUCCCGCAUACGAACAAAUUGUAGUUCUACUUGAAAUUGGCAUCACAAAUCCUGCUCAAAUAGUUCUAGCUAGCCUCUAGGAUUCAUAGUAAAGGGCGAC